GCUGGAGAGGAACCAGCAACCCUGGAUGGAUGGAUGAACAGAGUGAUGUCAAGAGCAGAAGUUCUUAUGCCUCUAAAUUUAGUGCCAUGAUUGCCAUCGGGUAGAAACUGUUUUUUAGGACAUUUGUUCCGAUAGUCCUGAUGAAGGAACCGUGACGCUGCCAGCAGACCCCAGGUCCAACCUGGACGGGUCCAACCUGGACGGGUCCACCGCGGACCCCGGGCAGAACUGGCUGGGAUUUGAACCGGGGACCUUGCUGCCUCCACAGCUCAUAGUGAGUUUUAACCAAACGUUUUUCUUCUGAUUGUCCGGACCUGCGUCAGACCGGAAGUCCCCCAUUUAGUCACGUGAUAAGGCGUCCAGAUGAUCGGACACCUGAUUUCAUCUUCAUCAUCUUCAUCAUCAUCAGCAGCAGCAGCAGCAGGUCUUCUUCUGCGUGGACAGGUUGUGUAACCGCAGGGCGAGACGCAGCCUGAAGGUCAGCUCCUGCUGCCCCCUGCUGGCGGCGGCGCGUCACCGCAGCUCCGCUCCGCCUCCAUUUUGCCUCGGACAGCCGGCGGAGGAGCAGCGGCUCGCAGCGGACUGUCGGCCCAGCGUCCCCGGCGGUGGAUCCAGCUCUGUGCGGCUCUGUGCGGCUCUGUGCGGCUCUUUGCGGGUUUCUGCGGCAUGGCGGUGCUGCCGCGGCCCGCGGUUCGGACGCAUCGGCUCUUCUGAGGAUUCGUUCAUUUAGCGGUUGUUUUGGAAGAGGAGCAGAGAAGCAGAGGAGGUUCGGUUCGGCUUCGGAUGGUCAGGUACCGGUUUUGUUCUAAUUCUCCAUGAUUGGCUUUGAGCUGCGGCUCCGCCUGAUCCGCUCAGCGGGCCGCCGGGGGCCACCAGGCCGCGGCUGGAGCCUCUCCGGCGGCCUGGCGGCGCCGCUUCCCCCGGCAGCAUCAUCCGGCCCGGUGGGGGCCGCGGAGGGGGUUACAUAAUGUGUGCGCUGUGCACGCGCCCGGCGCGCGCUUGUGCCUGUCCGCAUCUGAUGGAGCAGAUCCACGCAGGUGGCGGAUGUGCGGGAUCUCUGCGCUUUGUUUGGCUGAGAGGGCCGGUUCGGUUCGGGCCUGUACGUGCUGCGGCCCCGCACGGCCCGCUGGAGCUCCCGCAGAAAUCAGGUUCCCAGUGAGGAUGUGGCAGUGAGCAUGCUCAGUGCGCUGGUUGUCACCAUGGAGUCAGUGGGUAGCAGCCCGGCCUGCAGCGAACAGAAGAACUGUACAGCCGACGAUGAAUCCAAAGACUACUGCUACUCAGCCCGCAUCCGCAGCACGGUGCUGCAGGGGCUGCCGUUCGGAGGCGUUCCCACUGUGCUCGCCCUGGACUUCAUGUGCUUCCUGGUGCUCCUCUUCGUCUUCUCCAUCCUGAGGAAGGUUGCGUGGGAUUAUGGCCGCCUGGCGCUGGUCACAGAUGCAGACAGACUGAAGAAGCGUUUCAGCGACCUGGAGGAGCAGGAAUACGUUGCCUCAGCGAUGCACUCGGAGACUCCAGAUCGCUACGAACGGCUCACCUCGGUGUCCAGCUCUGUGGACUUCGACCAGAGAGACAACGGCUUCUGUUCCUGGCUCACGGCCAUCUUCAGAAUAAAGGACGAGGAGAUCCGUGAGAAGUGCGGCGAGGACGCCGUGCACUACCUGUCCUUCCAGCGCCACAUCAUCGGCCUGCUGGUCGUCGUCGGCGUCCUCUCCGUGGGCAUCGUCCUGCCGGUGAACUUCUCCGGUGACCUGCUGGAGAACAACGCCUACAGCUUCGGACGCACCACAAUCGCCAACCUGAAGUCAGAGACCAAGCUGCUGUGGCUCCAUACGACCUUUGCCUUCAUGUACCUUCUGCUGACGGUCUACAGCAUGAGGAGACACACAUCUAAGAUGCACUACAAGGAGGAUGAUCUGGUGAAACGCACUUUAUUCAUAAACGGCAUCUCCAAGUAUGCUGACGAGAGUCAGAUCAAGCAGCACUUUGAGCAGGCCUAUGACAACUGUGUGGUUCUGGAGGCUCGGAUCUGUUACAAUGUGGCCAAACUGAUGGCGCUGAGCGCUGAGAGGAAGAAGACGGAGCGCAGUAAGAAGUUCUUCACCGACCUGAUGGCUAAGGAGCACGUUCCCACCAUGAUCAACCCCAAACCCUGCGGACACCUGUGCUGCUGCGCCAUCGCCGGCUGCGAGGAGGAGGAGGCUGUGAGCUACUACACCAAGAGGGAGGCCAAGCUGAAGGAGGAGUACAGGAAGGAGAAGGAGAAGGUCCACACCAAGCCGCUGGGCAUGGCCUUCGUCACCUUCCAGAACGAGACCAUGACCGCCAUCAUCCUGAAGGACUUCAACGCCUGUCAGGUUCAGGGUUGUCGUUGUCGUCAGGAACCGUGUUCCUCUCAGUUCAGCGAAGUUUUGCAUGUUCACAACUGGAGUGUGACGUACGCUCCGGACCCGCAGAACGUCCGCUGGGAGCACCUGUCGCUGGGCGGGAUCUCCUGGUGGAUCCGCUGCUUCAUCAUCAACUGCAUCCUCUUCAUCUUGCUCUUCUUCCUCACGACACCGGCCAUCAUCAUCUCCACCAUGGACAAGUUCAACGUCACCAAACCUGUGGAGUAUCUGAAUAACCCCAUAAUCACUCAGUUCUUCCCCACCUUGCUGCUCUGGGCCUUUUCUGCUCUGCUGCCCACCAUCGUCUAUUACUCUGCCUUCUUUGAAGCUCACUGGACCAGGUCUGGAGAAAACAGGACCACCAUGCACAAAUGUUACACCUUCCUGAUCUUCAUGGUUCUGCUGCUGCCGUCUCUUGGACUCAGCAGUCUGGAUGUUUUCUUUCGCUGGCUGUUCGAUAAGAAGUUCCUGGAUGACGCUAAAGUCAGAUUUGAGUGCGUCUUCUUACCGGAUAACGGAGCGUUCUUCGUCAACUACGUCAUCGCCUCGGCCUUCAUCGGGAACGCCAUGGACCUGCUGAGGAUCCCCGGUCUGCUCAUGUACAUGAUCCGCCUGUGCCUGGCUCGCUCCGCCGCCGACCGCCGCAACGUGAAGAGGCACCAAGCCUACGAGUUCCAGUUCGGCGCUGCAUACGCAUGGAUGAUGAACGUCUUCACGGUGGUGAUGGCCUACAGCAUCACCUGCCCCAUCAUAGUCCCCUUUGGUCUCAUGUACAUGCUGCUGAAACACCUGGUGGACAGGUACAACAUGUACUACGCCUACCUGCCCUCCAAGCUGGACAAGAAGAUCCACUCAGCUGCAGUGACUCAGGUGGUGGCCGCGCCCAUCCUCUGCCUCUUCUGGCUGCUCUUCUUCUCCACUGUCCGCACAAGCUUUGAUACGCCCACCUCCAUGUUCACGCUGGUGGUUCUUGUGGUCACCAUCGUGGUCUGUCUGUCCCAUGUCUGCUUUGGACACUUCAAGUACCUGAGUGCCCACAACUACAAGAUCGACACAAAGGAGAGUGACGUGGACGCCGUGAAGAACGGACGACCGGCUCGCUCUUCGUCCUCUCCAACCAACAAGUCUCAGCAGCAGGUGGCGCCGCAGCAGCAGAUGUACAUCGCCCAGGUGCUGCAGGACCCAAACUCGGACGAGCCGGGCGGCGCCAGCAGUGAGGAGGACAGAGGCUCGUCGCAGGACGAGGAAAUGCUGAACGGAGGGAACAGCAUCAACGAGGCGGAUUUCCAGUCGGGGGAGGACAGUCUGAUCGCCAACGAGGUCCACCAGUAGCUGGAGGCGGAGCUAGAGGAAGGGGCGGAACUAGCCACACCACAGCUACCAAUAAGGCUAACUGGAGAUUCACCGUUCGCACUCAAACGGUAGUGUGGCUGGGUUAGCCCCGCCCCCCUCAGCCUGAAGACUCGACCCUGACCUUUGACGCCGGCGCCGGAUCGCCACCAUCCAGCCCUCCACAGGAAGUCACUGUACAUACCCACAAUGCCAAAACUGUUGUCCGUUAUCCGGGUGAGGGUGGGGUCCAACUUGUGCCUGGGCUGGUUUCCGUUUGUUCGCACUCGUGUCUUGAUCCCCAUCGAUUCCUGUUCCGUCAGAAGAACGAACGGGUCGGACCGCUGAACUCUCCAACCUUCCGAUCCCGUAGCCGUAGAAGCUUCGCUAACGCAGAACGGCCCCACUUUCCUUCUGUUCCCAAAACUCCAAUGUCUGUUCUGCACAUCCUUUUGGUUUGCUGUCGACCCGCAGAGCUUCUCGCUGCAUGUCGUGACGUCGCCACCUAGGGGCGACAUCAGUCAUCACAGGAACAAACUCACCCAGAUUCCUUUGUUUGUCAGCAGCUUGUCCGUCCAGAUCCUCUCCUCCCCGAUUAUCUCACCUGGACUACCUUAAAUUGUGAAUAAGGGAAUGGGACGUUGGUGUCGGUAGCGUAGCGCUUCGACUCCUUCAAGACUCUCCGACUCUUCCGGCAGCAGAGAGCUCGGAUGUCCGGAGACACGGAAGAGCAGCGCUUUUCGUCCGGUCCGAUGCCUGAAGCUGUUUGGACUCUCAAGGGAAACGUUUUGUUGUGUCUUUUGUGAACUCUGUGUGUGUGUGCGUGUGCGUGUGUGUAUGUGCGUGUGUGUGUAUAUUUGAUUGCUCUCCGGCAUUCAUUUCGUACUGUCCAGCACCGUCUCCAGGUAACAGAACCGGUUCCGGUUACUCUGGUCCCGGGUAGUUCUGAUGAUGGAUUAGUGAUGGAUCCUGAGGAUCGGGACGAUCCCAGUGGAUCCCAGUGAUGCUGGACUGGGUUGUUCCCUGUCAGACAGGUGAGCUCAUUACUACCUGGCACAGGUAUUCAAAUGGCUGCUAUCUCCAAUCUGACCACUAGAUGGCAGUAGUUGUUCCACACCAAACUGUUCCGUUUCAGCGAUCCAGAUGGGCCAGAAGGUUUAUGUUGCAGCGAGGCUCUGGGCCGCCCCCUACUGGCUGGUAUUCCUGAAACUAACUUUUCUGCUAAAAGCUCCUGUUUGAUCCACUUAACCUUAAUUCUCUUGGAUCCUGAGAAUCAGCUGCAUUAUUACUUAGAAUAUCAUGUUAUUGUCAUUCCCACAUCAAAAACAUCCCUGGAGUGUCGCCUGGACUCUUUCGUUCAUGUUUAAGAAAAACAUCAUUAAAGUCUUAGUGGAGGAGCAACUUGUCAGGAAGAGCAGGAGCUUCUUAAAGAGACAGAGUCCCAAUUUCAAAACGUUCAACUGCAAAGUCAAAGUUCUUUAGUCAUUUUAGACGCAUUAAACCUUUUCAUAACUCAAGGAGACGCAGUCCCUGACUGGCCGUAAAAACAGAUAUGUGGUACCGUCCCUUUAAACCAGGGCUGUCAACCUCCAAUCCCUCCAGGACUGGAGGUUGUCCUGGAGGCUAUCCUGCAACGUUCAGAUAUUCCUCUGCUGCACCUGGAUAGAAUACUUAGAUUGUUAAGGCUCUGGGUCCAGGUCCAGGUCCUGGUUCUGGAGAACGGAUCCACACAGGUCCAGGUAAUGAAGCCGUUUCAUUCCGGUUUUGGACUGGAGGUUCAUGGACUGGAGUUUGAAACCUGUGUUUGAAACGGACCAGCCUGGUCCAGCAUCAUCCGGAUCUGAACAGAACCACAGCUUCACUACUGGUUCUUCUAACCUGGUUGGUGCCGGCCCAGUCGGAACCAGACCUGGUCCAGUUGUGUUGUGGCUUCAUUCCCAGUUUUCAUUUCGGACCAGAACCGGUCCGUUCAGACUAUGAUGCCCAUGUUGAGGUUUUACUGUUGAGCGCCAAUGGUGGUUUCCAUGGUAACGGGAAACCGCCUGCGACGGGAAGUUUCAGGUGUUUGUUUUUCCUGAGUUCAUGUUUACAUCUGUUUGUUUUAGGGUGUGUGUGUGUGUGUGUGUGUGUCAGACACUGAGCUGGACUAUGAAAGCUGCAGCGCCCCCUCCUGGCGGCGGCUGCACGCUGGAGAACCUGCCGCCUCUGUGUCGUGUCGCUGCGUCUCCUCGGCCUCGAUUGUAACACAGGAAGUAGAACCUGUAGAGGAUCCGGGUCAGAACCUCCAGGACUCUCCGGACUCUUCUGGGUCUAGCGGGAUGCAGAUAAUCCGGCUCGUUGGGUUCUGGUUCUGAUCUGGACCGCAGGUGGACCGGCUGUGUGAUAUUUUUGUAUCUUGCUGAUUGAAGUGUUUGAUACCGGACUGUGUUACAGAAGAAGAAGCUGGAAGGUUUUUAAACGCCACACUUUCUGCUUUCCUUAGAUUUUUAAGCGUUGCUGCAGGAAGUGACACGUGAUGAUGAUGAUGAUGAUGAUGAUGAUGAUGAUGAUGAUGAUGAUGAUGAUGAUGAUGAUGAUGAUGAUGAUGAUGAUGAGUGUAAAUAGCGUUGGACUACACCGACUGAGGCGAACACGGCGCUUCAUGUCAGGCUUUAUUUAUUGCUGUGAAUAUUUAUUUUUACGUUGCUCUCCGGAUGUACAGUGAACCUUUGUCCUGUUUAUGUUCCAUGAUCAAUAAAGCAGCUGAUCCAAA